AAAAUGUGUGAAACAUGUUUACUUUUUGUACCUUGUAGCUCGUUUUAUGUAUAUAUUUUUUAUUUUCGUGAUAGCCCCGAACACCCUUCAUUUCGAACACGUGGCCGAUCCAUGCUUAGUGGUGAUCAUAAAAGCUUCAGACAUUUUUCUGACGAUGUUGCUACAUCAAGAUCAGAAGGUGCAUCCACACCAGAAACACGUAGGCUGAGAAGAAGAAGCAUAAGUAUAACUCCUGAAAUUGGUGAUGAUAUCGUAAGGGCUGUCCGAGCGAUGAACGAAACCCUGAAGCAGAGUCGUCUCUUGAGUGAACAAGGAGAAAACAAGUCUUUCACGUGCACUUCAUAUGAUAGAGAUAGUUCUUCCAAUCUUCAAAAUGAUGCAUCUGGUUUCAACUAUGAUGAUCGUGUUGGUGUGUCUGGUAGGCAGACUAGCUUUUUCACUUCUUCAAUGGACCACUUGAGUUCCCAGAAGGCAAUGUCAUUACCCUCCUCUCCUCAUGAAAUCAGGAAUCAAACUCAAUCACGUGUAGCUUCUUCUGACCAGCACAAGGUGAACGAAGACAUGGUCUCAACUUGGAACAGGGUUCUCGAAUUACCAAUGUUCCAGAAUAAGCCUUUGCUACCUUUUGAAGAAUGGAAUAUAGAUUUCUCAGAGUUAACUGUGGGCAUACGAGUUGGGAUUGGAUUUUUUGGGGAAGUUUUUCGUGGUAUUUGGAAUGGGACAGAAGUAGCAAUCAAGGUGUUUUUGGAGCAGGAUCUUACUGCUGAAAACAUGGAGGAUUUCUGCAAUGAAAUUUCAAUCCUUAGCCGUCUAAGGCACCCAAAUGUGAUACUAUUUCUUGGUGCAUGCAUGAUACCUCCACACCUGUCAAUGGUUACUGAAUACAUGGAGAUGGGAUCACUCUAUUAUUUAAUUCAUUCAAGUGGUCAAAAGAAGAAGCUCAGCUGGCGGCGGAGACUUAAGAUACUUAGAGACAUAUGCAGGGGGUUGAUGUGCAUACAUCGGAUGAAGAUAGCUCACCGGGAUCUAAAAAGUGCAAAUUGUCUUGUGAACAAGCAUUGGACAGUAAAAAUAUGUGAUUUUGGGCUGUCAAGAAUGGUGACAGAUGCAUCCAUGCGAGACUCCGCAUCUGCAGGAACUCCAGAGUGGAUGGCUCCUGAACUCAUUCGUAAUGAACCUUUCUCGGAGAAAUGCGACAUCUUUAGCCUAGGAGUUAUCAUGUGGGAGCUCUGUACUCUGAAUAGACCUUGGGAAGGUGUACCUCCGGAAAGGGUGGUGUAUGCUGUUGCUAACGAGGGGUCGAGGUUAGAGAUACCAGAAACCGGGAAUCUGGGUAGACUUAUUGCAGAUUGCUGGGCAGAGCCUCAAGAACGGCCCAGCUGUGAGCAAAUUUUGACACGCCUGGUUGAUUGUGAAUACUCACUCUGCUGAUUGCAUUAUGUGCCUUUUGUACAUAGAUACACACAUAAGUAGAGUUUGUGUUACAACAUUUGUGUCGGCUUGAAUUGAAACUCUCUAACUAUGUGUGUUGUUACAACAUUUGUGCAGUGAGUAUUUGCCCUCUCUGCUAAAUC